AUGGUUUUCAGCGUUACAAAAAUUAACUUUAGAAUUCAAGCUUAUCUCUCAACUAUUUUAACUAUUUUCAACUUUUUCUAUUUACAGAAAUACUAUCGUCUUUCACAUAACCACUCAAGCUCCGAAAUCAAGCAGAGGCUAAAUGCGUAUUUAAUCGUUUUAGCCGUUUCCGAUAUUGUAUAUAUGGUCUCGUUUUACUUCAUGUGCUUCAUCGACAUUAAGCAGCAUCCAAUCUACCAAGGCGUUUUUUCAAUACUAUUCUUCUUAACUCACCCAUUUAUCCAUUUAAUUCCAAAAGGAAUCGUCAGAUUAAGACAUGUUAAUCGAUCUUUGUACGGGUAUUCUCUCAUUAAUACUGCAAUCCUAUUAACAAUUAUUGGCUCUCCAAUUUUAAUUUACGCAAGAUUUUUCAACAAAAAAGACUCAAUCUCAUGGGUAGUAUCCGGCGCUUUAUUUACUUUUGCUUAUUUACUUAAUGGCUUAAGUUUCAUAUUUGACGCCAUAACUGUCCUUGGACACAGAUUUAUCCGCUUUUACUUGUACUUCCCUCAAGAAAAGGCAAAACAUACUCGUCGUGUUGUUGUUGUUUAG